AUGGGACACUUCAAACUGGACCCCCUGCAGUUUGCUUAUAGGAAUAAUAAGUCAGUGUACGAUGCUGUCUCACUGGCCCUUCACACCACUCUUGAGCACCUGGACAAGAGGAACACCUAUGCCAGGAUGUUAUCUAUUGACUUCAGCUCAGCCUUCAACACAAUUGUGAAAGGCAGGCUGGUGGUCAAACAACAUGAUGAAACCACCUACAGGAGCGAGGUAGCAGAGCUGGUGGAGUGGUGCUACAACGACAACCUCACACUUAACAUCCGCAAAAUAAAAGAGAUUAUUGUGGAGGAGGCACGGAGGAUGUCACACACACAUCAUCAUUCACGGGGCUCCAGUCAAAACUGCCAGCACCUCCAGAUCACUGAGAGGCUGAGCUGGUCAGAGAACACUGCUGCCAUCCUCACCGAAGCCCACCAGCAACUUCGGUCCACAGCUGUUUCUGUCAUUCUUUAUGUGUCUAUGUUUGCUGUGGUAAUUCUGACACUGUGUGGAAACCUGAUUGUGAUCAUUUCCAUCACUCACUUCAAGCAACUACACACACCGACUAACAUGCUGGUGUUGUCCUUGGCUGUGGCUGAUCUUCUAGUAGGGGUGUUUGUGAUGCCUUUUGAUAUGGUGAAAUUAAUAGAAUCUUGUUGGUAUUUUGGAAGUUUUAUUUGCUCUUUUCGUACUGCAUUCAGUUUCUGCCUAACAUCAGUUUCAAUCAGUAGCUUAAUAUUUAUAGCCAUUGAUCGCUAUUUUGCUGUAUUCAACCCAUUUCUUUACUCCACUAAAAUUACACUUAAUAUAGCAUUGUUCUGCAUAGUACUUAGCUGGCUUUCAUCACUGUGUUAUAAUUUGUCACUCUUUUUCUUCAAUGGCAAUAACGAUAGUGAAAAACUAAAUGCCUGCUUUGGAGAUUGUUUCAUUUUAAUCAAUGCAACCUGGGGAAUAAUUGAUCUGCUUGUUACAUUUAUUAUCCCUUGUUGUGUUAUGAUAAUAUUGUAUGCAAGGAUAUUUUUAGUUGCUAAAAAGCAAGCACAAGCAAUAAAUUCUAUAACAAAUCAAAUAACAUUUACAAAUGGAAUCAACAGAAUUUCCAAAAAAUCUGAAUGGAAAGCUGCAAAAACUUUAGGAAUUGUAUUUCAGAAAGAGUACAGGAAAGAGAAAUUUAAAGAGUCCACAAAUAAUCUGUGA